AUGGACAAGCUAGAACCUGAUCUACGGAAACUUUCAGUGACGUCUUCGACUUCCACGCAGCAUUCUCAGGCAUCUUCAGUCAUAAUAAAUCGAAACUUACUGGGGUUGGGGAAGCUGAAUGUCGAUUCUGUGUUGCUGUAUAUAAGUCAAGUAGCAAACGGAAACGAUGAAAUUAAUACUGAGGGGAUUUACGAAGAAAGGAGAAGAAUUAAUAGAAGCGCCAGCCCAGAGGUGAACAGUAGCAGUAGCAAAAGGAACCUGAAGUCUCCGCUGCCCCAAGUAACCCAGAUGUUAACCCAGUCUCGUUCCGAGCCACAACGGUUGACCUUCAAAGGAAUCACUCAAAUGGAGUUUUCUGAUUCAGAAAGCCCCAGCAGAGAGUCACACGGCUACUACGACGAGUAUGACUAUGGCUCAGACAACGGAUACGAGCAUGACGAUGAAAGUGAAGGCGAUUUUGAGGAGGAAGAUACAUAUAUUGAUGAGGAAGAAGACGUCCACGCUAGUGGGCAUGCAUACGGUGGAGAACAGUUCGAUGAGGAUGACGACUUCAUCCCACCUUCUCCUCCAAGAUCACCUCCAAGAGAAAUAGAUCCAGAUAAGCUUUAUGGACUAUACGACUUUUCAGGUCCCGACCCGCUGCAUUGUACAUUAUCCAGAGAUGAACCGGUUUAUUUGUUGAAUGAUGAGGAUAACUACUGGUGGCUCAUACAGAAGCUAACCAAGCAGGAGAAAGUCAAUGAAGUAUCGGAUGACGAAGAUGGAAAGAUAGGGUUCGUCCCCGCAGAAUGUUUGGAAACAUAUGGAGAGAGACUAGCAAGAUUAAAUUGCUUUAAAAACGAAGAGUUGGAAAAACAGGAAAAUCUGAAUGAAGAUGAGGUUCAAAUAAUAUCGGGAACUAAAUUGAAGUCGGUCACAUUUGAACAAAUUGGGGAUGUUAGCGUAGAGAAAGUUGUUAUCAAUGUUGAUUCCGAAGAUGAAGGGAGCAUAGAGGGCAGCAGCAAAUCUGACAUAAGACAGAAGAAUACCCCAGCCCAGGUGUUCCCUCACGAAAUAUUUAGCAUACCUGCGGGAUCGUUAGGGUUGGCACCACCUAUUGUAGAGAAGCAAGGGAGUGAAGUGUUGAGUGAUAUUUUCCCAGAAGUUCCAUUAGUAGUUGCAAAGAAUAGCAAGAAGAGCAACGCUACUGCUAAAGCUACCGAUGUUAAUGCCAAUAACAUACCCAGGGAAAGCCUCCAAGACGUAGAAAGCUCUCCAUUCAGCUAUAAGACAAUUACCCCCAAUUCUACACCUACCAUACAACAAUCACAAUACAUGUCCAGCAUUCCUCAGCUUGCACCACCACAAAUGAAGUCCAAUGAUAUGGAUUCCAUUGGGUCCUACUCACCAGAUACACCUCCAGGACAGCAAGACUCUCCCAACUAUUCUUCACCAAGGGAGAGCAACGAAAAUGGGGGCUCCAGUGUCAGAGCCAUACGAAGGUCGGUAAUUCUCGAAAGACUUAACCAAGUAACAUCAGACAUUCAAGAACUGUUCAACAUCCAAGAUGAUUUAAAUUAUUCCGAUAUGGAAAAGAUUAUGUUCGGAAUAGAACUGCUGAGGGAUGAUUUAAGCAUAUACGCAAGUAAUGGAGGAGACCAACUUAGCCAAAGGGAAUCCUCUGAAAUAUCCCUUGCAAGAAUAUCAAGCAGCAAUAACGACGGCAACAAUAACGAGAAAAUCAACGAUAACAUCGACGAUAAUAGUAGACAAAUUCCUUCGGAUUACAACAAGAAUAGACAAUCAUCCGACCUUGACGAUGAUUGUGUCGGAACUUCUAACGAUACAUUUACUCCUUCAACAAGUACAGCAUCGCUUGUUGAGAAGGGGACUAAAGAAAAGUCCAUCCAUGACAUGUUUGUGCCAAUACUAGGCAAAUUUGACGAGUUAGCGGAAAGACUAGAAGAGUUGAACGGUAUCCUUCGAUAA